AUGGCUAGAGACAAAGAACACAGGUCAAAGAGCAAGAAGGUAGUGUAUAAUAAUUGCUCAUUUGCUGCUAUUGCCUCCAUCUUCCCACCUGUAGAAGAUUGUGAUUGGCGCUACCUCAGGUUGCGCAAGGACUUCAACUUGCAACUCCGAUCUUUGAACGAAGGCGGCACCCUAGGACUUCAUAAGCUCAUAGGCUUUCCAUGUGGAUGGGACGAACCGUUCGAAAUCCAGGACGAGUUGGAACUGCGGCCGCAGUCAAAGCAUCUGGAAGUGAGGAUCCUGAGGAGGUCAGACGACCUCAUUGUGCUUAAGACUGGGGAGAAGGUGGCUCCAGGUCUGUUGGAGGAAGCGCUGUCGAAAGACGCGGCUGUACGAACCGCAAUCUGCAUAGGUAAUGGGUUCUUCGAACUGGUCCUUCUCGUCGAACAGUCGCGUUCCCUCGAACUAAGUCAAGAUGCUUUUGUCGAUCACGUUUGGAACCUGGUUAACGAUAUCAAUCCCCUGCUAGAUCAACAUGCGCGCAUCUCAUCCAAAGCGGCGAUCAUCCUGAAGUCACCCGCAAAGGAGAUUCGACGCUCCGACAAAGGUUCUGUGAUGAGAAAAGAGGUACAGGAAGAUUUCAAGUCGGAAAUUCAACAGGCCUAUGAGGCAUUAGAGUCAUGUGCUACAACCUGGAUCUUGCAGCCAGACAACCUCAACUUUGAGUUGGUCGAUUUGGUAAAGAGCUUGUUGACACACUCCGGUCGUGCAAAUGAUGCUCUUGGUCUCAAAGAUGAUAUGUUCGAGGCAGGCCUGGACUCGUUGGGAACCGUUCGUCUUACUCGCGCUAUCAACGCUGCGGUGCGGAAGGUAUCUACAGUCACCCCGCCCACAAUCAAGCCCGAUUUUGUCUACCGCAAACCAACCUUCAAGCUUCUUGCAGACGCGUUGAGGCCUUUGCUGAUGGGCAAAGAUGAGCUUCCCGUUUUAGAACAAGGUCGGGAAGUGCAGAUGAGAUCUAUGUUGUCCAGUUUUCUCGACACUCAUCCUGCCGAAAUGGCAGGUGACGGUGCGGUUGUCCUCCUCACCGGAUACACGGGUAGCCUGGGCGUUCAUGUACUCCGACAGUUGGCAACCAGCAACCGAGUUCACCGAGUCAUAUGCUUGAAUCGCGCAGUUUACAGGGACGGCAUGCGCUUGAGUCCAUCUGUCCGGCAGGCGGAAGCCAACGCAGUCGCAGGGGUCUCUGUUCCGGUCCACAUCUGGGAAAAGGUCGAGUUCUUGGACGCUAACAUGCAAGCACCGGACCUAGGCAUCGGCAAACAGGAUUUCGUGCGCCUCGUAGGAUUCGUGACGCACAUAGUGCAUCUCGCGUGGCCGAUGGACUUCAAACGUAGCUUGAAGAGCUUCGAACCUCACGUCCAAGGCACGAAAUUGCUGACCGACCUUGCCAUUGCCGCACACGAAGCCAGCGGGGGAGCCUUGAGACCGCGGCUCUUGUUUGCUUCGUCCAUCGCAGUACUUGCACGAUACGAGACGAAAAAGGAUGUUUUGUCACAGCUCCAAUGGGAUACGCAGAGGCAAAGUGGGUUUGCGAGCAGCUGCUCAGUUCAAAGGAGCAUCAGUACCGAGACAAAUUUGAUCCGAUGAUUGUCACAAUCGGCCAACUGAGCGGAGCAGAGGGCGCUGGCGUGUGGAAGGUGGAGGAACAUUUUCCCACGCUCGUGAAGAUGUCGCAGAAAGUAUCUGCUUUGCCUGCACUGAGAGGUGUAAGUUUAGGAUAAUUCCCCAUGUACC